UCUCUCUCUCUCUCUCUCUCUCAUGUGUUGUCUGGGAGGGGGAGCCCUGCCUCUUUCCUCAGAUCAAUGCCCUGGCCACUCACUUUCUGAUGUUGCACGACGGGAAAUGCUUUGAAUACUUGCGACAUGGCCGCUUGCAUUGAUUGCCAAGAUUGACAGCAGUAACCAUCGUCUUCUCUCGCUUCUGUAUUAGAGUAGUGAGCGCGAUAAAUAUACUUACAUGUGCUCUCUACAGUUUUGACAGUUGAACUUCAUAUAGUCAAAGCGGGAUUCCCUCUCCGGUCAGUGGAAGCGAGACACUUUAGUUUUUUUUUUUUUUUCGUUUUUUUUUUCCUUUCUUUGCUCUACUACAGAUCAGUGUUUAUCAUUUCUAAACCUUUUCAAAAGCAAAACGGGAUACAGCGAAGACGAGUGUUUGUGUUUGGUGCCCUGCUCACUUCAAGGACUUUCUGUCCGUGGAUUUGGGGAGGAACCUGUGGCUUUGUGAGAGUAAAGAGCAUUUCCUAACUGGAUCCGGCAAGCAGAAAUAUAGACUGCAGACGAACGCUUAUGGUGCCAGUCAUUUUCAUGAAUUCAAAAUCAACUCACCAGUGAUCUUUGGGAGCUGGGGAUCAAGUCUUUCUGUUUACAACCCAAAUGCUGAACAUGGAAGGCUUUCUGCGUAGCAGCUUUUUACUGAGAGUUUCAGAAGAGAUCUCAACAAUGUCUCAAACAUGUAUCAUUAAAUCCUAAGUAAUCAUGUCUUCCAAGCAAGUCACUUCUCCAUUCGCCUCGACCCGUGACGUAGGCGAGGAUGGAGUGAAUCAGGAGAGCAUGUCCUGGGAAAAGGAGGAGAACUUGGAGCCGCUGGCUGCCCCUCAGCUGCCCCUCCACAAUCUUCUCCACAACAAACCUUCUCCAGAGGAACUCCAGCCAAUCAGCAGCAGCGUGCCGCCCGAAUCCGACUGGGACAGUUUGAUGUCAGCCCAACAGCGCAUGGAAUCGGACAGCAAUAAAGUGUGCUCCUUGUACUCUUUCCGGAAUAAUUCUACCUCUCCACACAAGCCAGAGGAGGGGGCCAGGGAGCGCGGCGACCUGCUGAGCAGCUCAGCCUUCGGAACGCCAGAGCGCCGCAAAGGAAGCCUUGCCGAUGUGGUGGACACACUGAAACAGAAGAAACUGACGGAGAUGACAAAGACAGAGCAAGACGAAUCCUCCUGCAUGGAGAAACUCCUUUCUAAAGACUGGAAAGAGAAGAUGGAGCGACUCAACACAGGCGAACUGUUAGGAGAAAUAAAAUGUACUCCAGAGAGUCUUGCAGAGAAGGAGCGCCAGCUCUCCACCAUGAUCACCCAGCUCAUCAGCCUGAGAGAGCAGCUCCUCUCCGCCCAUGAUGAACAGAAGAAACUGGCCGCCUCGCAGAUGGAGAAACAGCGUCAGCAAAUGGAGCUGGCACGCCAACAACAAGAGCAGAUUGCCAGACAACAGCAGCAACUUCUACAGCAACAGCACAAAAUCAAUCUUCUUCAACAGCAGAUCCAGCAGGUCCAGGGUCACAUGCCUCCGCUCAUGAUCCCCAUUUAUCCACACGACCAGCGCACUCUGGCAGCAGCCGCAGCGGCCCAGCAGGGCUUCCUCUUCCCCCCAGGCAUGUCCUACAAGCCCGGUGAUAACUACCCAGUGCAGUUCAUUCCAUCCACAAUGGCAGCUGCUGCAGCGUCAGGACUCAACCCUCUCCAGCUCCAGCAACUCUACGCCGCCCAGAUGGCCAGCAUGCAGGUCUCUCCAGGAGCCAAGAUGCCUCCACUGCCCCAGCCCCCCAAUUCUGGUGGGUCCGUCUCCCCGUCUGGCUUGAAGAACGAGAAGAGGGCCUCUACCCCUCUCGCUCAAGUGAAGGAGGAGGGAACACAGCCUCUCAACCUCUCCGCCCGGCCCAAGACAGCUGAGAUGGUCAAAUCCCCCACAUCCCCGACACAGAGCCUCUUUCCCGGCAGCAAGAGCAGCCCGAACAGCCUGUCCAAGAGUGGAGGUAUCCCCAGCCCCAUCGGAGGAAUGGGCCGCGGCUCGUCUCUGGACAUCCUGUCCAGCCUGAGCUCAACAACGCUGUUUGGAGAUCAGGAUGCAGUGAUGAAGGCCAUCCAGGAAGCGAGGAAGAUGAGGGAGCAGAUCCAGAGAGAUCAGCUACACCAUCAUCAGCAGAGCAUGGAGGCCAAACUGUCUGCCCUCACCGGCAUGGGCCUCAACAACUGCAGGGCUGAUAAGGAGAGGUCUCAUUACGACAGCCUGAGCCAUCACCUGGGUAAACUAGGCGAGGAUGGAAAGAUCGGUCACAGAGUCAUCGACCUCACCAGGCCAGAGGAUUUUGAAGGGAGUAAGGAACUGAAUGGCUCUGCAGAUAAACCACAUCAGUAUUAUUGUUGGCCAACAGGAGGCGCCAGCACUACCGAGGCACGGGUCUACAGGGAACCCCGGGGAAGGAACAGCAACGAACCUCACAUUAAACGACCCAUGAACGCCUUCAUGGUCUGGGCCAAAGAUGAGCGGCGCAAAAUCCUCCAGGCCUUCCCAGACAUGCACAACUCCAACAUCAGCAAAAUCUUGGGAUCUCGCUGGAAGGCCAUGACGAACCAGGAGAAACAGCCGUAUUAUGAGGAGCAGGCGCGACUCAGCAAAAUCCACCUGGAGAAAUACCCCAACUACAAGUACAAGCCCCGGCCCAAGCGCACCUGCAUCAUCGACGGCAAGAAGCUGCGCAUUGGCGAGUACAAGCAGAUGAUGAGGUCGAGGAGGCAGGAGAUGAGGCAGUUCUUCACUGUGGGGCAGCAGCCACAGACACAGAUUCCCAUCAGCACCAGCGCAGGUGUUGUCUACCCUGGUGCCAUAACCAUGGCGACCACCACGCCCUCCCCUCACAUGACAUCAGACUGCUCCAGUGCCUCGGCUAGCCCCGAGCCCACCAUCCCCGUCAUCCAGAGCACCUUCAACAUGAAGAUGGAGCCUGGCAGCAUGGUUCCCAACGACUCAGUGAAUGGAGAGGAUGAGAUGGACAUGUACGAGGACUUUGAGGACGAGCCCAAAUCGGACUACAGCAGUGAGAAUGACACACAGGAGCCUGUCAGUGCCAACUGAGGCAGCGAAGAAUAUCCUUUUAUUAUAGGGAAUACUGAAGAAGAUGGAAAAGAAAAAAUAACGAACAAAUCUGAAAUUUAAAAACUUGUUUCUGAUGAUAUACCUUUUGGGAGCCAGCAUGCAGAUGUGGCUCCUGCAGAUUUAACAGCUAUUGGUCUUAAGUGUUUCUCAGAGUGUGGAACAGUUUGAUUGUGUUUUAUUUUGGCUUUUAUUUUUUUUUUUAUUAUUGUUAUUUUAUUGAUUUUUGUUUUUUCAUGUGUUUUGAUCAUGAACAAUUUAGGGUAUUUCCUACAACAUUUUGAAUAAUAGGACUUAACAAUUGAAACAUUUCAUAUGAAUGCAUAACUCACAGUCUUACUUCAAUUCACAUAAAUUUACACAUGUAUUUGCUAAAAUCUUUUUUAUUUCUUUUGAAGCGUACAUUACUGUUUUUGAUGGGGUUCGAUAUCUCACUCAGGUAUGCUGUACCAGCAAACAGCUUGUGAAUGUUUUUAAUCAGAACUAUUUAAACUGAAAAAGACAACAAAACUUCAUUUGACAUUUCAUAAUGUGAUAAAAGUCCUUACAUUUGCUGAACCACAGAGGGAAAGCCUAAAACUCCCCAUUAUUAUUAUUAUUAUUAUUAUUAUUAUUAUUAUUAUUAUGUUUAAAAAUGUCCAGAUGUGCCAAACAUAUCAUAAGCUUCUUGCUCUUGAAUCUUAAAAUAUAAUGUCUUAAGUGAAAGACCGCACGAGUCUUAGACAAUCCUUACAAAAUCACAGAACUUUAAAAGCCCACUUUUUUCUCUUCUCCAACGACAACCAUGUUAAAAUGAUCAGGAACUAAGAGUGUCAUUGUUCUCCGGUAGGUUGAAUGCAGUGAUCGCCCAACCAGCAGCCUCUCUCAGCCCUCUAGUUCGGUCUUACCCUCUCAGUUCUUAAUCACACUGAUUGUAAUCAGGCCAGAAUGCCAAGGGGCCAAAUGGCAUCAAAUCUGCAGAAUUGGACAGGCAGUGAAAGGCAGCUUUGGUGUAUUACAGUCACAAAUUGCUGUUGUACUAUAUGUACAUGCACAUUCUGCUAAACUCUUUAGCCCCGUUUUCCAGGGCAGAAAGUCUUUUAUUUAUGCUCAAGUCUUUUGGACAUUGUAAAUCUUAACUGACAGAAGAUAGUCUUAAAGCAGUGCAUGCCCUUUGGGUUUCUGCAGUGUGUUCAGCAUUAAGUCUUAAGAGAACACCCAGCUUAUCUGGAAGUUUUUGGCCAGUUAUUCAGAAAAGAAGUAGUAAAUAAUAUGGCUCGUAUUUUACAAAAUUUUCUGAGUGGAUAUACAUACUGCCUAUGUACUAAACUGAAUUAUAUUUACAUUUAAUUAAACAUAUGCUUAAACUAGUAGAUUUGAAAAUGUAUAAAGACAAAUCUGCUGAAUGUGGCAUUUUCAGUCAUUUUGCUUGGAUUGGAUCUGUUUUGAGCACUUGAAAAAGAAUUUAAAAAACAAAACAAUCAUAGCAAUACAUUUAGACUCAUUCUGCUAACGUGGCUUUUGUAUUCAAAUAGACAGUUCUGCAGCUCAGCUAAAUCAUGCUGUAGUUCCAGCGGUAGAACUCAGGUUAUUUCCUUGUGGAAGGACAGCCAAGAAGCAGCUAGCGGUCAGGGCCUCUUGUUUUAGACUUUGGCCCUGCUGAAAGCUCCAGCAGGGCUUGAGCGCCAUUCACCUCCAUUCACCUGACCUCUGCCCAGUGCACACCCUGCCUCAAGGGGCUGCCAUCUGGCUCCCAGCAUCGGCCCAUGCCCAAGAGAAGGUACUAAACAAUGGAGACGAGGCCCAUGUGGUUUAUUGUGCUCUCUCUCCAUCAAAGUGUACGCAAAAGGCCACAGCCAGAAGCAGCCCACAAGGUGCUAGCGAGCAGAUGGAACAAGUAGAUCAAGCUGUGGGGGAUUAUUAAAAUGACUGACGAGUCGGUAUCAUCUGAAAUACAGCAUCAUUAAUGCAUGAGUCCAGCUAUUUUCCUUUUGCCCUUGAACCUGCCUGUUUCAUCAGUAACCCAGAGAUUAGAAUAGACAGGAAAUGUCACAGCGAGGCUGCUGGUCUCUGCAUUACCUCCAAAAGUCUAAAAGGUAUCAAUGUGUAUUUAGCACUUAUUUCUCCCAGCAGUUGAAGCAUUAACUCUUAUACUUAGCCCACCUCUUUGAAAAGCAUUUACUUAAUUCAUAGAAGUUUUGAGCACUUCUCUAGAAGCUUGUAUUCGUACCUUUAUUUUAUUUCUUUUGGUUUAGUUUGUUGUGAUUUUUACAUAAGGUACAGUACUUGGCUGGGUGUCCCUAGAUAUCCACAUUCAGUUUGUUUUUCUUCCCUACUUAUAAGCCAACGUUUAUUGUUUAAAGCUGUUAUAUCUGUUUGCUGGUGGAUUGGUUGAUUUGUACUUGAUUUGUACAUAUUUCCUUGACCAUGCCAAGCCAGUUCUGUAGGCUGGUAGUAGACAAAAGGACUGUUGUUGGGACUGAAACUUGAUUGCGCUUGUAUAGGUUUAAAAAAAAAAAAAAAAGAGACAAUUUCAAUCUCACACGGAGACAAUGAUUCUUAAGUGUUACAAGCACUGGAUAUAAAUGGUAUUUUUGAUCAAUUCUGACUAAUGUGAAGCUGUUGUGCGAAAAAGAAAAAAAUCUAAAUGAACAAGUCACCUGUUUGGACUCAUGCGUGCACGCCUCACAGUUGCCAGAUUUGAGUCAUUUUUCUCUCUACAUAUUUUGUUAAUUUAUGCAAAGACACGUGAUGAAUGAACACUUUGUUUAAGCUCCAGUGCUGCCUUGGGGAGAAAGAGCAGUAUACUCAACGGAGAGGCUUGUGUAGUGACUGGCCAACUGAGACACACCGGACUUCAUUAUCACAUUUUAAUGGACAUGUACGUUUGUGUUGUAUAUUGUAGUUGAAGCUCUCUAGUGCAUAUAGACAUUUUAUUGUAUUUAUUAGCCAUUGUUGGCUCUAAAAGUGUCAGUAGAACAUAAUUAAAGGACAAUCAGAGAACAAGAAUAAAAACAGUGAAAUCUGAAACCGUAUUGGAGCACAAAACAAAGUUACUUUUUCUUUUCUUUUUCUUUUUUCUUUAAAAAACAAAAACAAAAAUACAAUAGUUCUCCAUCUCAUCAGAUUUUGUUUUCUUUGCAUUGUAAAUAUAACAUAGGAAAAUAGAAUUCUAUUUUUGUUCAUGGAUACUUGUACUGAAGUAUAAAUUAUGUAUUUUACUUUUUUGUGUGUAUUUUGUUGGUCAUUGUAAAAAAAAAAAAAAAAAAAAAAAAAAGAACGAAAUCACAAA